AUGGAAGUUCUCUGUCAAGGAGAUGUGCCACCAUCGUACACUCCUCGGAGGGUCUAUACACCAUCCGACCUGGCCAGCCACAGCAAGAACAAUGACUGUUGGGUACUGGACCUUACCAAUCUUAUGGCCAGCAACAGGUCGGCUCUCAGCACACCCAUUCUCAAGGCGGCCGGCACCGACAUAAGCCAUUGGUUCGAGCUGAACAGCGAGGGGCUGCCGACGCCGAAGCUCUUCAAUGACCCACAGCUUUCCAAUAUGAGAGUGAACCAAGUCAGAUAA